AUGUCUCGCUACCCUCCUGGCCAGGCCCCAUCGGACUACCCGAUGCAAAACGUCAACGUCCAGUACAACCCGAAUGCCAACCCCUUCGACGACGAGCCCCAACCCGCCUACUCCCAGAAUGCGCCCCUCCUCCUCUCGUCCGGAUACAACAACAGCAGUAAUAACGCCGCACCAGGCUUUGCUCCCAGUCCCGCACCUGGAUUCGCUCCCUCGCCCUAUACCCCACACCAGCAGCCUCUCGGCAUACCCUCGCCCCAUAUUGCUGCAAACCCUUUUGCCGGCACGCCUGACCUCGGCCACCAGGGCUCCCCUCACGUCAAGUUCGACAUGGCCGGAGGUGCUCUGCCCCCAGGCACGCCCGAUACUCGCCACUAUGGCCCCGCACCCACUGCUCAACGUCGUCGUUACCAGACUACCAAGAAGGUCAAGCUGACUUCAGGUAACUUGGUCCUCGACUGCCCUGUGCCCUCAAAGUUCCUCAAGACGCUUAAGCACCAGGAGGGCGAGGAGUUUACGCACAUGCGCUACACCGCUGCUACCUGUGAUCCCAACGACUUUGCUGCCGAGAACUACACCCUUCGACCCCUGUUGGUGGAUGACCAGCCCCGUGAGACUGAGCUGUUCAUCGUCAUGACCAUGUACAACGAAGAUGAGGUUCUCUUCACAAGAACAAUGCACGGUGUCAUGAAGAACAUUCGCCAUCUCACCACCCGCGACCGCUCCCGCACCUGGGGCCCUGAUGCCUGGAAGAAGGUUGUCGUCUGCAUUGUUUCUGAUGGUCGUACAAAGAUUAACCCCAAGACCCUCAACGUCCUUGCCGCCAUGGGUGUCUACCAGGAUGGUGUCGCCAAGAACAUUGUCAACGACAAGCCCGUCACCGCCCAUAUCUACGAGUACACAACCCAGGUCACCAUUGACCCCGAGAUGGGUCGUUCAGGACACGACAAGGGCUAUGUCCCUGUCCAGAUUCUUUUCUGCCUCAAGGAGAAGAACGCCAAGAAACUGAACUCUCAUCGUUGGUUCUUCAACGCCUUCGGACAGGUCUUGAAGCCCAAUGUCUGUGUCUUGCUCGAUGUCGGAACCCGCCCUGGAUCAACUUCCAUCUACCAUCUCUGGAAGGCUUUCGAUCUCAACUCGAACGUCGGAGGCGCCUGUGGAGAGAUUUGCGCCAUGUUGGGUAAAGGAGGCAGCGAGCUCCUGUCGCCCUUGGUUGCUUCCCAGAACUUCGAGUACAAGAUGUCCAACAUUCUCGACAAGCCCCUCGAGUCUGUCUUUGGUUACAUUUCCGUCUUGCCAGGAGCCUUCUCUGCUUACCGUUACCGUGCCCUCCAGAACGACCCCUCCGGCCAAGGUCCUCUCGAAAAGUACUUCUUAGGUGAAAAGUUCCAUGGUUCCGAUGCCAACAUCUUCACCGCCAACAUGUACCUGGCUGAGGAUCGUAUCCUCUGCUUCGAGUUGGUCGCCAAGAGAAACGCCGCCUGGGUCCUUCAGUACGUCAAGUCUGCCUACGGUGAGACCGAUGUGCCCAGCACUGUUGCCGAGUUUAUCUCCCAACGUCGUCGUUGGUUGAACGGUUCCUUCUUCGCUUCUGUCUAUGCCUUGGUUCACCAGAUGGAUAUCUGGCGCUCAGACCACUCUACAUCCCGCAAGAUGUUCUUCCAUCUCGAGUUCUUUUACAGUUUUGUCUCUCUUUUCUUCUCCUGGUUCGCUUUGGCCAACUUUUACUUAACGUUCUACAUUCUCGGAAGCGCGAUGGUCUACUACGGAGAAGGCAACACAGAGGGACAUGCGCCUCAGCAAUCGCCUUUCGGAGAAAACGCUGCCGGAUUCUGGAUCUUCACCAUCACUCGCUACAUCUACAUCUUGUUGAUCAUUGCUCAGUUCAUCAUGAGUAUGGGUAACAGACCUCAGGGAUCGAACUGGGCCUACAAGUCGUCGAUGGGAUUCUUUGCGGUGCUGAUGGGAUACAUGUUGUUCGGAGCCGGUUACAUGACUGUUCGCGGAAUCCAGGAGGUUCAAAAGGACAGGCCCGAAGGACAAUCGGAAGCUUCGUAUCUUUUCCAGAACGACAUGUUCCGCAACACUGUCAUCUCGCUCGCCUCGACCUACGGACUGUACUUCUUUGCCAGUUUCCUGUUCUUGGAGCCCUGGCACAUGUUCCACUCGUUCAUUCAGUACCUGUUCAUGGUCCCCUCGUACGUCAACAUUCUCAACGUCUACGCCUUCUGUAACAUCCAUGAUAUCUCCUGGGGAACCAAGGGAGACACCUCUGUUGCCACGGAUCUCGGAGUUGCCAAGAAGACGGCCGAGGGAGGAGUCGAGGUCGACGUGCCCACGGACAGCCACGAUAUCAACAACGCCUACGAUGAGGCCGUGUCUUCGCUUUCGAUCAAGACUGUCGAGGUCAAGCAGAGUCGUGAUGCCAAGACCAAGCAGGAGGAUUACUACCGUGAGAUUCGUACUCGCGUCUUGCUGUCGUGGAUCAUGUCCAACGCCCUCUUGGUCGCCUUGGUUACUUCGUCUGCUUUCGGAUCCGAUUUCACGAAGAACAGUCAGUUGUACCUCGGUAUCGUCCUCUGGUCGGUCGCUGGUCUCGCCCUCUUCCGUUUCAUCGGCAGUGUCGCCUACAUGGUCCUCCGUCUCUUCAACGGUCGCGUCGUCUAA